CCGGGAGUCAGGAGACAUCCAAGCAUCGCGCUGAAACUUUCUGCCAACUUUGGGAUCCGGGAAUUAAGGCCGUUUGGACUUCGUCACUUAGACUUUAUUUUAAACAAAACAGAAAGGAUUGUUUCCCUCCUCCUGUGUUUGUAAAAAAGAAAGAAAGAAAAAAAAAGAAAACUGAAGAGGAGAAUCAUGCAGAUCCUGAUUGCGCACCGCUUCUUUGCUGCGUACCUCACUCUUUUUGGAUGCUUUGGAGAUCUUUACGCGAGCGCAGUCCUGAUGAAUUCCAACGCAAUUAAAAACCCACCAGGUGUUUCGGCUGGCAAAGGCACUGAGACUGUGAGUCCAAGUCCAGGCACCCCACCGUCUGGGGGCGCGGGACACAAACCCCCCACGGGCACCUUGCAGCAGUCAGGUGCUUGCAAGACGAAUGAAGACUGUGGAGGAGAUGAAUUCUGCAAUGAUGCCCGCGGUGUCUGCCUGUCGUGCAGAAAGAGCCGAAGGCGCUGCUUGAGAGACUCCAUGUGUUGUGCAGGAAACCGCUGCAGCAACGGUGUUUGUCAGGCAAUUGACAUACAUGGUUCACAUGGAUCCAUCACAGAGUGGAACAAAAACAACAGCACCAUGGAGAAUCCAGGCAAGAAACCUCCCACUGCUCACAGUUUCCCACCUAAUGCUGUCAAAGGCCAAGAAGGUGACACAUGCCUGCGGUCGUCAGACUGCGCCCAGGGUCUGUGCUGUGCCAGACACUUCUGGUCUCGCAUCUGUAAACCUGUGCUGACAGAGGGCCAGGUGUGCACGCGCCACCGCAGGAAAGGCAACCACGGCCUGGAGCUGUUCCAGCGCUGCGACUGCGGCGAGGGCCUGGUGUGCCGACCGGAGAAAGGAGAGCGAGAUCUCAGUGUCAGCAGGACUGCAGCCCGGAACCUACACACCUGUCAGAGACGCUGACACAGCCACACAGAUGCUCACGCAGAGACAGAGAUACGCUUUCGCUCGCACAGUCACAGACUGAUAAGUCAGUGACAGACACUGACAAAUCCUCCUCAGCCCUGUGUAUACCAAAGAUGCUGACACACACACACACACACACACACACACACACACACA